CAUCCCCGACUAAAGUUUUAGCGUGGUGGCAAAUGACAGAGCGUGAAAUCCCGUUUGUCCCCUUUUUCUUUAUCAAGCGUGUACGAUAAAAUUGCAAGCCGACACUACUUGUAGAUAAGAAUGUAGAGGUAAAUCGGUAAGCGUACGUAAGCAUUUAGAUCGGGAAAAAAAGAGUUUGGUACUAGCUGAUAAAGAAAAAGUGCGCGUACAUUUGUUAAAUACAGAACUUGUACAUUCUCGCAAAAUCCGAGCGAUGGAGGAGAUACAAAGGGACGAUAACAUUUCAUCAGAUGCACCUGUGAAACAACACUUGAUAUCGUCAAGGAAGCGCGAUGCUCAAAACGGUCCAGCAAGGAAUAAGACGAAGCAGAACGGUGCUUUCACUGAGGGGAAGACAACAAGGAAAAAGAAACACUUACCACUCACGCUCUUCCAAGCGAGUACUGUACCUGUCACCGAUAAUGGAGUCAACAACAACGUCUCUGUCUUGACAGCAACAAGUGACAUGGUACCAACACCGAACGGUAAUGUUAAGAAAUUAAAGAAUGGGAAUAAUGUGUGUAAAGAUACGUCGCAAAUAUUAAAGGAGAAUAAUUCACAAGUUGUGGAAUGUGGAAUCAAGGUGAGAAAGAGAAGGAAGAAGACCAAAAACGGCCUCAAUUCUUCGGCGAAGGAAAACGUGCGAGCUAACGUAACGACGAACAAUGCAGGUGACAAAGCUUCAAAGCAGAUUACUAGUAACGGAGACUGCAACGAUGCUUCGGCAAAAGAAGCGACCGUACAAACAUCAACCAUCGCGAAACACGAGGCUACUGACGACAAGAGAAACAAGGAUACUUCGACGCAUCAGAAGUACACGUACUCCCGUAUAAAUUACGAGUUCCAUGAGGCGAAUCACGCGAUCAUUGACACGUUCGCCAUCGCCCUGGAUUUCUUCCUGCGCAACGACAACAAGAAGUGCUAUUGCUUGGUAUGCGACACGACUCUUCGAAUGCAGAGCGACGACGUACGAAGGCACCUCGGCAGGCAUAUCCGCUCGAAAAGGCACAUCCAGUUACUGUCCAUGAUGAUAGAGGAUGAAAAGAGAUCCGUAAGCAACGGAGAGUCCUUUAGUAAACUGGUACUUGCGCGAGAAUACAUGACGAGCAACGACGACUUCGUCAAAUGCCUGUUGUGCGAGAAUAAAGAUCUAUGCUCCACGGUCAAGAAGAACGAACAGUCGCUGCGCGAACACAUAGCGAGCAACGCGCACAGGGACGCGAAGGGAUCCUGGGAGGUGCCGAUAAAAAAUAUGCUGCAACAGAUGCACAUUCAGUUCCAGAGUCGGUACAACGCGAAGAAGUACUGCUGCGAAUUCUGCAACUACCAGACCCCGUCGGAGCUCUACUUCGUGAAGCAUCUGCACGUCCCCUAUCACGUGACGCGACUGAUGGACAUUCCGGACCACACGAACAAAUUCAAAUUCUAUUUCUGCAACGCUUGCCUGAUUAUGUGGUUCGGAAGCGCGGACACGAGCGAUCAGCAUUUCGAGCUGAUGGAACAUAAGAACAGAAUGAUGUAUGGUCCCGACAUAAACGAUUUGCCGGAUCAAGUAGUGCAGUUCUUGACGAUGUCCGGCCUGAACGCGGAAGUCCUGCUCGAGCGUUCAAAUCGCGUCAAAUGCCACGACGAGAUGAGAAAGUACGUGCUGUACAGUUUUGAAACCGACUUGAGAAAGUACAUCCCGAACAUAAGGGCUUACCCGUUCGGAUCUAGAAUUUCAGACUUAGGUUUCCCCGAGAGCGACAUUGACAUUUUCCUCGAUUGCAAUAAUAUGUACGAAGGAAAAAAUUCAUCAUAUCGGCAGUCCCAGAACCUAAUUGCAUCGGUUGUACAGUAUUUAUCUCGUAAUAGAGACCUCUGGAUCGUGCACGAUGUUAUACUGCACAGUAGAACGCCAAUUGCAAAAGUACUGCAUAUUCCCUCAAGACUUAUCUGUGACAUUUCAGUUACAAAUGGCUUGGCAGUGGAAAAUACAAAAAUGAUCAAGUGUUUUAAUAAUGCUUUCCCACCGUGCCGGAAACUGACUUUAUUUUUGAAGCGAUGGAUGCACUUAUCCGGUUUAUUAGGAUCACAUCUUAUAACGAGUUAUGCUCUCACGUGGUGCGUCAUCUUUUAUCUGCAAACUCUGCUAGUGCUCCCGUCCAUUUCAGACCUAAUAAAAUUGAGGAAUAAGUCACGCUUAAUUAGUGGUUGGGAAGUCGGUGUGAGCUACGACUUUCGUGUUAACGGACUGAAUCACACUUUCGAGGAGCUUCUAUUAGGAUUUUUUCUAUUCUAUGGAGAUUUUAAAUACAAGAAGCAGGUAAUCUGCCCGUUGUUAGGCCGGCCGGUACAGAAAGAUACGUUCGUGAAGCUGUCAGAUUUACCGCAAGAAAUGGCGCCUUACGUCGCUUAUAUGCAUACUGGCACGCAGGAAGAACUCCCCCAAGCUUUCUUUGUAUCGCCACUAUGCGUGCAGGAUCCAUUCGAUCUGUCGCAUAAUCUGACGAAAGCGCUAAAUAAUAAAGAACUGAAAAUAUUUUGGAAUAAUUGCACCGCCAGUGCACAAAUAUUAAAGACGACCUUACCGAAUUUAAGAUCACCACUCAUGCCUUAUUCUGAUUGACAUAUAUAUAUAUAUAUAUAUAUAUAUCGAAAGUAUCUAUAUAUUUUAAUAAUAUUUCACAUUUUAAUUUUGACUAUUGAUCUUCAAUGAUUACUUAUGAUCAUAUACAUUUUGGAGUAAUUCAAUCUUUCAAGGCUAAUAAUAUAAUUUCUAGUGAAAAAUAUAUAUAUAUAUAUAUCUUAUCACAAAGAUAUCUGCAUGUACUAGAUAGAAAUAUAUAUUAUAUAUUAUAUAAUAUAUUUCUUGUUUCAUUAAUGACGGACGUGUAAAUAAGCUGUACUGUGAUGUGACUGAAUACCUAUUAUAUUUUGUAAAAAGUUUUCAUUAAAAGCCCUGAAGCGAUAUGAAGAAUGAUUAUUUAAUAUGAUUUGAUUAUAUAAUAUGAUUAUAUAAUAUGAUUUCAUGCUGACUAGCAUGAAAAACGAUUGUGAGCUAAUAAAUUGCAAAAUAAAUCUCAAAA